AUGCCUGCACCACUGCCCACAUUCACCGCGCGCGCCAGCGACUCGGUGCUGCAGGUGCACGAGUUUGAUCCCUCUGCGAAACGCUUCGUGUCUGCAUCCGGCCAAACAGUUUCUCUCCGCAAACGGAAACCAGCACACGCGGCGCUAGUGGAGGGCCAGACGACGUGGACCUCGGACGAGUCGUACGGCGUGAACGUGAAUACGCUGUUGGAUCGCAUUGAGGGGGGGACUCCCUUGGAGAGACCUGCGGAUACACCCGCGAAUGAAUCGUCUGGCCUUGCCAAUGGCAAGGCCAGCGGCAAGGCUAGUGCCUCGGCUAAUGCCUCGGCUAAUGGCACCCUGUGGACGGAGAAGUGGCGCCCGCACAAGUUUCUCGAUCUUGUGGGAAACGAGCACACGAACAGGCGGAUCCUUGCGUGGCUCAGGCAAUGGGCGCCCACGGUAUUUGACGAGCCAUUGCCGGACGCAUUGCCAAAUGCAUCUGGAAAUGGCAAUGGCAACGCCUCUGGAGCAGACGACACCACACCCAUGGACCCGCUGGGCCGCCCGACCAAACGGAUCCUGCUGAUCCACGGCCCACCGGGCGUGGGAAAGACUAGUGUGUCGCAUGUGGUUGCGCGCCAGGCUGGGUACAGCGUGGUAGAGAUCAACGCGAGCGACGAGCGUGCCGGCGAGCGCGUGCGUCUCAAGGUCCAGAACGCGCUGUUCAACCACACGUUCAACAGCAAGCCCGUGUGUCUUGUGGCGGACGAGAUCGACGGGAGUGUUGAGAACGGGUUCAUCAGGGUGUUGCUGGACAUAAUCAAAUCGGACUCGAACGCAACCAAAGAGAUGGUCUUGGGAGGGGGCGGCAGGGCCAGAGGUAAAGCUAGGGCCAGAGGUAAAUCCCAGGGCAAGAACAAGAACAAGAAUCAGCUGCUCACGCGGCCCAUUGUAGCCAUCUGCAACAAUUUGUACGCGCCGGCGCUCGAGAAGCUGAGACCCCAUUGCGAGAUCAUAGCGUUCCGCAAGCCUUCGGAAACCGCGUUGCUCGAGCGUCUCGAGCUCGUGUGCAAGACCGAAAGGGUCCCCGUGUCCAAAGCGUACCUGAAAGACCUUGCCGUGUUGUCGCAGGGCGAUGUGAGGAACUGUCUCAACAAUUUGCAAUUUAGAGCGCGUGCCACUACUAGUACGGGCACUACUAGUAGUGGCCCAGAUGAUGGUAAGGAUAUUGCCAUUUCGUGGUACCGUAUAUGUAACUCGGUGUUCAGGAAGAACCCGCACAUGGAGCCCGAGGUGCAGCUUUCGCAUUUGCUCAAGGAUGUGGAGACGAGCGGCAACCACGAGCGGGUCGUGGAAGGGUGCUGGACGAUGUACCCUGAGACUCGUUACAGCGACCAUGGUGUCUCGAAACCUGCGCGUAUUUCCGAUUGGUUAUUUUUCCACGACCGGAUGUUCCAGUCGUUGUUUGAGCAUAACGGCGAGCUGGUGCGGUACUGUUCGUUCACGCCGUUACAAUUCUUUGUUUUGUUUGCCGAUAAUGCGAAUAAGGAGGGGACGAACAAUAACAAUGGGAGAAGUAGAGACGGUGGGACGACGACGACGAGUCCCGGUGGUGUUACGAGUCUGUUUGAGCUGCGCGAGGCGGAGCGUGCGUGCAUGAACCUGCUGGACGUGGUGAGGUCGCGGCUUUCGGUGCACUCGCAAGUGUACACGACGAAACGGUCGCUGCUGGGGGAGACGUUGCCUGCGGUGGAGGAUCUGAUAUCUGUGGAUCUGAGCCGGAUCCGCGACGUUCCUACGAGACAACGGUGUGUCGAUACCGUGUUGCCAUUGUUCCACGACUUUCGGUUGCGGAUACAAGAACAGACGCAGGGGAGUAUUAACUCUUCCUCGUCUUAUACGCAUCUUUUGGUAGUGGACCCGCCGCUUGACGAGCUGGUGCUGAUGGACGAGAAGAGACGGCGAGACGUUGUUACGAAGAAACCCGCGGCGCUAAAGUUUUCGUUGGCGAAGCUCGAAGAAGAGCGGAUCAAGAAACGGGCGUUGAAGGCGGUUGCCGAUGAGAAGAGAGAGCAGAGCGAGCAGAAGCGCCGCAGGAUGGAGGCAGGUACUAGUGGUGGUGCCACAGGCACUACUACUGGUACUAGUACUAGUACUAGUACAAGUACUGGCAACUUCAUGGAGCAGUACAACUCCAUCAAGAAGCGAGAAGUCACGCCCGAGGCCAAGGACACGGCAUCGGAGUCGCGUAUCUGGGUCAAGUACAAGGAAGGGUUCUCGAACGCGGUGCGCAAGAACGUUACGUGGUCCCAGCUCUGGGAGGGGCCAGGGUCCUAG